UCAGAUCAGGUGUGACAGACCAGGUGUGACAGUCCAGGUGUUCCUCAGGUGUGACAGACCAGUUAUGUCAGAUCAGGUGUGACAGAUCAGGUGUGACAGACCAGGUGUAUCACUCCAGGUGUAUCACACCAGGUGUGACAGUGCAGGUGUGUUGCACCCGGUGUGACAGACCAGGUGUGACAGUCCAGGUGUUCCUCAGGUGUGACAGACCAGUUAUGUCAGAUCAGGUGUGACAGACCAGGUGUAUCACACCAGGUGUGACAGUGCAGGUGUGACAGACCAGUUGUGACAGACUAGGGAUGUAGACUGAGUCCAAGUAUGUGACAGGUGUGUCUAGGUGUGUGACAGGUGAAUCCAGAUGUGCAGACUGAGUCCAGAUGUGACAGGUGAGUCCAGGUGUGUAGGCUGAGUCCAAGUGUGUGACAUGUGAGUCCAUGUUUGUGACAGGUGAGCGCUGAUUCAGCAGGUGUGACAUUAACCUCAUUAAUAAAGGUGUGUUUUUAUUGGAUGCAGACUUUGGACACCAGAGACCUUCAGAUCGUCUCAGUGAGCGCCAACGGACAGGCGGCCUCAUUUACUCUGGGCCCUAAACACAGCUUCAAGGGGACGCCGCUGGACAUCACGCUGCCCUUUGACCUGUCCAGGGGGCAGCAUGUGAUCGUGGAGGUGACCUAUGAGACGUCGCCGUCUGCGACGGCUCUGCAGUGGCUCACACCUGCACAGACUGCUGGGAAAAAACAUCCGUACCUGUUCAGCCAGUGUCAGGCUCAUCACUGCAGGAGUAUGGUUCCCUGUCAGGACACACCAUCUGUCAAACACACCUACUACGCUCAGGUUUCUGUCCCCAAAGACCUGGUGGCUGUGAUGAGCGCAGUGAGAGACGGACAGGAAGUUGAUCCUCAGGACAACAACCGCAUCGUCUACAGGUUCAGACAGCCGGUGCCCAUGCCUUCUUACCUGAUUGCCAUUGUGGUCGGAGCUCUGGAGAGCAGGGAGAUCGGACCGAGGUCCAGAGUUUGGUCUGAGAAAGAGUUUGUGGACAAAGCAGCAUUUGAGUUCUCAGAGACAGAGACCAUGUUGAAGACGGCUGAAGACCUGGCAGGGCCAUACGUCUGGGGUCAGUACGACAUCCUGGUUCUUCCUCCGUCAUUCCCCUAUGGAGGCAUGGAGAAUCCCUGUCUGACCUUCGCCACCCCGACCCUGCUGGCAGGAGACAAGUCUCUGUCCAACGUGAUUGCUCAUGAGAUCUCCCACAGCUGGACUGGUAACCUGGUGACCAACAAGACCUGGGAGCACUUCUGGCUGAACGAAGGUCACACGGUGUACCUGGAGAGGAUGAUCGGCAGGUGUAUGGACAGUGAACAGUUCAGACAGUUUAAAGCCAUGGGGGGCUGGAAGGACCUGCAGGACUCGGUGAACACUUUUGGAGCCAACAACCCUCUGACCAACCUAGUUCCCAGCCUGCAGGACGUCGACCCCGACGACGCCUUCUCCUCUGUGCCCUACGAGAAAGGCUUCGCUCUGCUGUACCACCUGGAGGAGCUGAUGGGAGGGCCAGAGGUGUUCAUGGGAUUUGUGAAGUCGUACAUCCAGCUGUUUGCCUACAGCAGCGUCACCACGGAGGAGUGGAAGAACUACCUGUACACCUACUUCAAAGACAAGGUGGACAUCCUGAACAAGGUGGACUGGAACGCGUGGAUGUUCACUCCUGGGAUGCCUCCAGUCAAACCUCAGUACGACACCACGCUGGCUGACGCCUGCAUCGCUCUGAGCCAGAAGUGGAUCAAGGCCAAAGACCAGGAUCUGAGCAGCUUUAAGGAGUCGGAUUUGAAGACGCUGUCGUCCCACCAGCUCAUCGAGUUCCUGUCCCUCCUGCUUCAGGAGGAUCCUCUUCCUCUGACUCACGUGAAGAAGAUGCAGGAGGUUUACAAUCUCAACACCUGCAUGAACUCUGAGAUCCGCUUCAGGUGGCUAAGGUUGUGUGUUCGAGCCAAAUGGGAGGAAGCUGUUCCCAUGGCAAUGAAGAUGGCGACAGAGCAGGGCAGGAUGAAGUUCACGAGACCGCUCUUCAGGGAGGUCUUUAACUUUGAGAAGUAUCGUGAUGAAGCCAUUCAAGUGUUUCUGGCCAACAGAGCAGCGAUGCACCCGGUCACCUCCGGACUGGUCGCCAAAGACCUGAAGGUGGACGCCACCAACACCACCAGUCUGUGACACCAGAAACCAGUGUAUAAAAAGAAACCAGUAUUAAAGCAGCUGACAGGAAGUUUGAUUUGUGUAGAUUUUGACGUUCCUGUGGCUCCACCCCCUGGAUGCAACUUAUUUCUGAUUCCCAAGUGAUGAUGUCAUCAUCAGAACUUUGUGUCAGGAUGUUUCAGAACCAGCUUUAAACUCGACAGUAUAAAUCACCUGUUCAUCAGGACUUUGUUUGGUUGUUUUUCCUCUUGACACUUUUCUUUCUGUAAAUGAAGAAGAAAUAAAAUGUGUCUGAAUUAAA